AGCUGUUUGGACCAGUGUCCUAUCUCUGUUCGUCCUGGGUGUCCCCCUCGCUCCCAGAGGGCGGCUGAGACCUCCCUCUUCUCCUGCAGCACGUCAGACCAAGAGCCUCAGACCAAGAGCCUCAGCUGCAACUUUUCCUCUUGGCUUUUUAAAAAUAGUUUGGGACAGCUAAGAGACCUGAACUCAUCUUGGGGAUUGUAGAAUGUCACUGCACUCCCCAGAUCCCUCAUAGAUUCCACUAUAUCAUUUGGAUGUGUGUGUGUGUGUGUGUGUUUGUGUAGAUAGACCCAGGGUUUGCUGAAGAUCUUCUGUCCAGAUGAGAGAGUGGACGGACCUGGAGAUGAGCUUUUCAGCCGGGGCUUUUCUCUCUGCCUCUGAGGGGUACUGUUCCACCGAGCAGCUCCAGUACUACGACAUGCUGGCUGACCCGCUGGGCUACCCUCUGCAGGACCCUGACCUCCAGCUGCUUCCUUACAGCCAACAACAGUACAGUUCAGCCCCCCUGCCCUUCUCCCUGUACGGCUCUCCAUCUUCCACCACCUCUUCACCCUCCUCUUCCUCUUCCUCCUCCUCCUCCUCCUCUUCCUUCUCUCAACUCUGCCAACCCUCGUAUCACUACAGCUCUCACUGCCUGGAGGCUGCCUGCGAUCCCAGCCCCGAUGCCUACUGUGGAGGUCUGGUUCAGGGGCUCGGUGUGACUGGACUGCCUCUGGGGCGGAGGUCACGGGUAGGGUCAGGAGGCAAGGGCAGAGGUCAGGACGAGCUGUGUGUGGUGUGUGGGGAUAAAGCAUCUGGGUAUCACUACAAUGCUCUUACUUGUGAAGGAUGUAAAGGUUUCUUCAGACGUAGCGUGACUAAAAAGGCUGUGUAUCACUGUAAGAGUGGUGGAGCCUGUGAGAUGGACAUGUACAUGAGGAGGAAGUGCCAAGACUGUCGGCUGAGGAAGUGCAGAGCUGUGGGAAUGUUGGCCGAGUGUCUUCUGACCGAGGUGCAGUGUCAGUCUAAGCGACUGAGAAAAGGAGGUCGAGGCAGAGCACAUCAGGAUGAGGAGGAGAACGGUGACAGCAGGAGAGUCAGCUCCACCAGCAGAAUCCAAGGACAGGCCUCGUCUGUGAGUCUAACUCCAGAGCAGAAGUACACGGUGGACAGGAUGGUGGAGGCCCACCGACUCUACAGAGCCCAGAUCAGCAGCCACAGCAGGUUGUUUGAGUGGCCGUAUACAGAGGAAGUGGAUGGACUCGCUGAUGUUGUCUCACCUCAAAUGGACAGACUGCUUCACUUUGCCAGAACAGUACCAGGGUUUGACCUCCUGGAUUUCUCCGACCAAAUUUCUCUUCUGUCCGUCUCGUCACUGGAGGUCAUGUUUCUGCUCUUAGCCCAACAGUUCUGCAGUAACCCACCCAGCCCCAGUCCUGGAAGCAGCGAGGAUCUCUUUGGUCCAGUACUCAACUUCUUCCACAGCAUGAAGACGCUGCGGGUGUCGGAGGCUGAAUACAGUCUGCUCACUGCUACAGCUCUGCUCUGCUCAGACCGAGCGUCCCUUCAGGUGGCCAGCUGUGUUGAGAAAAUGCAGGAGCUGAUCCUGGACCUGCUCUCUACAGUUAGUGGGGCCCAGGCUGCAGCUGCACGAGGGGGACCUCAGAGGUUCGGGCGUCUGUUAGGAAGACUGACAGAGCUUCGAACCCUCCGUCAUAACUAUCUCCUACUAAAGAGGCAACAGCCUGUAACUUGACAGAAAAGAGAGCCACCUGUCAUCAGAGCCGUUUUCAGUUUGAGUACUAAAUGAUCAGAUUAUUUCAGAAACUGAGAAAACAAAUGUAAAAGUUUGUAAAAGUAUGACAGAAAUUAUGGUAAACCAAAGGUUUGAAAACUUCUACAUUCUUUAAAAUUUUCAAACCAACCUUCCCACUUACCUCUACCCUGGGUUUUUAUGGGUCUUAGAUAUGGAAUAAGACAGAACCCCAGCAGAGGGCCACAUCCCCCACAUUAACACUUUACAUGAAGCCUCUGGUGUAAAUGAUUUAUUCAGUUUUUUGUGAUGUUACAUGAGUCACAUUCAAAACAACACCACUGUAUGUUUAACUAACCUCAACGCUGCAGUCUUUGUUAAACAUGUACGUUUUUGUCAUCUCAUGUGGUUCAUUUGACCAAACAAGGGUUUAUAGGUAGAUUAGAAAAAAAAGGUAACGUGUACUUACAGUUGUUGUUUUUUUUUUCUAUGCUGGGUACCAUAGACUGUAUAUAUAAAAAUGGAAAGAAUGUUCCUUCAAGUUGCUUUUAAAAAAACAAAACAUAAAACUAGUUUGUGUACAUAAAAUUAAUUCUGUAAUUUUGUAAUUUUCAUCUUAAGUCUUCAUUGAAAACGACAUCUGCGAAAGUUGUAUUUGUGAUAUUUGAGACCAGUGGUUCUCAACUUAUACUUUGUACCACCUGAGAAAACACUGAUCUCUCUGAGUACCACCAUGAUGACCAACAUUAGAAUAUAGCAGCGUAGGCCUUAGCUUUUAUCUUCCACCACACAGG